CAAACCUGACUUCCUACACAGCACAACUAGUUAACUGCACCCCGCUUCCUGUUAGCAGCUCUGGAUUUACGUGACUGUCGUUCGGCUUCUCUGCACCUCGACUAUGUCGGUAGUGAGUUGAUAUACGUUUUAAAAUAAUGGGGAGUCACAACUCCAUAUCUUAAAGGUAGUCAUUAGCUAGCAAUAGCGACUUUAAAGUCAGAGCCCGCCCGUUUGUGCUCCUUAAACAAAACGUUAAGCUAAGCUAAAUGGAUUAUUGAGCUGUUUAAGAUGUCGUGGUUUAAUUAUGUCAGUCAAAGCUCAAGUCAACACCAGCCCACUGACAAUCAAGGAAUUGCAGGCAUCCUGUGCAGUUCUCCCAACCCAGUGUUCACGUGCCCUGCAAGUUUCCCUUCUCCCAGCUUGGGUGAAUUUCCCCCAGCUCCUCAAGGUGUUGUCAGCCCUCCCAGCCUCGAGAAGCUGUCCUGCGCUUCUCCGAGUGCAGGUCAAGUUAGAGAGCCCGAACCCAUCUCCUACGUAACCUUCCAGGAGCAGCGGUGUGUCCUGAGCUGGUUCCAGAGCUGGACUCCCGUUCAGAGGGAGCGGUUUCUCCAGGACCUUCUGGGGAAAGCUGUGCCGGGGAAAGUGUGCACCCUCCUAGACUCACUCAGCACUCUCCAGGUUAAAGACAAACUUCCAAACAUCUUUGAAUGCCAGCUCCGCCUGUGGACGCAGUGGUUUGAGUCUUGGGGAGAAGAGGAGAGGAAUCAUUUCCUACACAUGCUGGAAGAGCGGGACCCGGAUUUUGUUACCCACUUUUACAGGAGUGUAGCGGGUACAGCAGGAAGAGACUGAGCAAUGUUUGCAUUGUGAUAGAAAAGCAAGUAAUAAAGGGGUGAUGUGUGGUGUGGAAAACACAUUCUCUGAGUCUCUUUGUAGAAAAUUUAGCCUUCUUGUAGAUCGUAGUGUUCGUAUACGUUUUGUAAAUAAAAUUCUGCAUGCCUGC